GUACAGAAACUUUUUGCAAUGGCAACAAUGAAAGCAAUGAUUUGUAAUGGAUAUGGAGCUGCAAAGGAUGUAUUUGAAUUGAAAACUGUAUCAAAACCUGUACCAAGGGAUAAUGAAAUCCUAGUAAAAAUACACGCUACAAUGACAACUUCUGGAGAUUGUAAACUUAGGGGUUAUAAAGAGAUUCCAGCUUCGUUAUGGUUACCAGCAAGACUUUCAUUGGGUUUGUUUAGACCAAAAAAUCCUAUUUGGGGUUUGUGUUUUGCUGGAGAAGUUGAAACAGUUGGAAAAAAAGUUGAAUUAUUCAAGAAAGGUGAUCAAGUGUUUGGUUCACCUGAAUCAGCUUUUGGAGCAUAUGCUCAAUUUAUUUGCUUACCAGAAACUGGUUGCAUUGUUCAGAAACCAAAAAACUUGUCAUACAAAGAAUCUGUUUCAAUUCUUUUUGGUACAGAGACAGCUAUUCAAUUUUUAGAAAGAGCCAAAAUUCAAAGAGGUCAAAAAGUCCUUGUCUACGGAGCAUCUGGAAGUGUUGGUGUUGCUACUGUCCAAAUGGCCAAGUACUACGGUGCUACUGUUACAGGAGUUUGUAGUACUAAAAACCUUGAAAUGGUUAAAUCGAUGGGAGCUGAUUACGUAAUAGAUUAUACGAAGAAAAAUUUUAGAGGAAAUGGUGAAAAAUAUGAUAUUAUCUUUGAUACUGUUGGGAAAUUGUCAUAUUCUUCUUGUAAAAAUUCACUAAAUCCAACAGGUUAUUAUCUAAUGGCUCUAUUCUCAUUAACAGGAAUACUUCACCAAUUAUGGCGAUCCAUAAUUGGUGGUCCCAACAUCAUUUGCAGGAUAUGCGGAGCAGAAAUAGACGUUUUUCAUAAGCUAAGGGAACUGGCUGAAUCAGGAGAAAUAACACCAGUUAUUGACCGAACUUACUCAUUGCAGGAGAUAGCUGACGCUCAUAUCUACGUGGAAACUGGGCGAAAAAAGGGAAACGUUGUCAUUGAAGUAAAUCAUGAUGAAUAAUUUGAAUAAUUUACUAUAAAUGUAUUGUAAAAUAGUUGGAUUAUCCCGAUUUUUCCAUGAAUAAUU